AGAACACAACCAAAUAAAGCCCUAGCCUAAGAAGUGGGUCUCAAAAUAACAAUGCCUGGCAAAUAGUUUCAGAACUCUAGAAAGCAAAGAGGAAACUUGACAUUUUGACAAUAGUUUACUACCACUUUGGGCAGAGCUUACCACCCAAAUUUCUCUCCUCUCUUCUCUCUUCUCUCUUGAAAUUUGUAUCUCUGGAGAGGCUGGGUUCUUCACAAAGUUGAUCAUCAGGGAUGUCUCUGAAGGCAAUGGAGGAAACAGCUGGAGAUCAUGAGACCCCAUUACUGAACUCAACCUAUGUUUCAGGUGUUCAACCAGUGGAAUCUCCUACCAAGAGAACUGGGAGCCUGUGGACAGCAGUUGCCCACAUCAUAACUGGAGUGAUAGGGUCUGGAGUCCUAUCCCUUGCAUGGUGUGUGGCUCAGCUGGGGUGGAUUGCAGGUCCUGUGUCCAUGCUGUUAUUUGCAUUUGUCACCCUUCUUUCUACCUUCCUCCUUUGCGAUUCCUACAGAUCUCCAGAUCCAGAAUGCGGCCCUGGCAGAAAUCGCUCAUACCUGGAUGCUGUUCACAUCAACUUAGGAAGCAGGAGUGCAUGGCUGUGUGCCCUGGUGGUGUAUAUAAGUUUAUAUGGGAUUGGAAUUGCCUAUACUAUUACGUCUGCUAUCAGCAUGAGGGCAAUUAACAAAUCAAAUUGUUAUCACAGAGAAGGGCAUGAUGCUGCUUGUGCAUAUGGAGAUAAUUCUUUUAUGCUAUUAUUUGGAGCCAUUCAAAUUGUAACAUCUCAAAUACCCGAUUUCCAUAACAUGGAAUGGCUCUCAGUUGUGGCUGCAGUCAUGUCAUUCUGCUAUUCUUUCAUUGGAUUGGGACUAGGCCUUGCCAAGACCAUAGGAGAUGGGAAAAUCAAGGGAAGCAUUGAAGGGAUCUCGACUUCCACUGUAGCUGAAAAAGUAUGGCUGAUCUCCCAAGCCCUUGGAGACAUUGCAUUUGCCUAUCCCUACUCCUUAAUCAGCAUUGAGAUUCAGGACACUUUGAAGUCACCCCCACCAGAAAGUGAGACCAUGAAGAAGGCAUCAACUCUGGCAAUAACUGUCACAACCCUCUUCUACCUCUUCUGUGGAGGCUUUGGAUAUGCAGCCUUUGGGGAUGACACACCAGGAAACCUCUUGACAGGGUUCGGGUUCUACGAGCCAUACUGGCUUGUUGACUUCGCAAAUGCUUGUGUGGUGGCUCAUUUGGUUGGAGGGUAUCAGAUAUACACCCAACCACUAUUCGGAAUGGUGGACAGAUGGUCUGCCCAGAAGUUCCCCAACAGUGGAUUUGUAAACAACGAUUACGUCUUCAAACUGCCAUUGUUGCCAGCAUUCAGAGUAAACUUGUUCAGACUCUGUUUCAGAACAGCUUAUGUUGGAACAACAACUGGAAUAGCCAUGAUCUUCCCAUACUUCAACCAGGUUUUGGGGGUGAUAGGAGCCAUGAACUUUUGGCCCUUGGCUAUAUAUUUUCCAGUGGAAAUGUACUUUGUGCAGAGGAAAAUUGGAGUCUGGACAAGAAUGUGGCUUCUUCUUCAAAUAUUUAGCUUUGUUUGCUUGGUUGUCACCGUUUUUGCAUUCGUUGGAUCAGUGGAAGGACUCAUAACUGCAAAACUAAGCUAAAAAACACCUAGAACAAUUUUUUCUAUACAUGAAAAAUGAUCAAUAAGGCUGACCGCUGUUGAUUUGUCACUGCAUAGGCCCUUGAUACACAAUACAAAUUGGGGCGGUUUCUCUAAGUUUUAAUGGAGGAGCCUUCUGUUAGUUGGGAUUAUUGUAAUUAACCCCUGGUUUUGAAAUAAAAAUGAACAAGAAUUCUUGAUUAA